AUUUAUGCAUCUACACGUGUCCUCUGUAAAUCGGAAGCCAUCAACUCUAGAAGUAUGGCGGCCACGCUCAGCCUCCCUAAGCUCCCCGCCGCCCGUCUGCCGCCCAACCACCACCAUCGCCAUCGCCCAAUCCAUUCAAAAUUACUCCCUACUCCUGUCAACUCCUCGAAAUCCCAAAACGACCCCGCAAAAUACCCAACCAAUCCCCACAAGCUCCUCCACGAAACCGCGGCGCAGCUGAAAUCAACUCCUCUCCCCCUCGCGGCGCUCGCAUUGCCUUUCUUCCUCGAUCCAAAGGCACUUCAAUCAUUUUUUCAAUUUCCUUUUUUUUUCCUUUAAUUCCAUUUUUUGAAAAUUUUCCGGUGUGAUGAUUUUUGAAUGUUGAUAGGAUGCGAGCGCCGUUGGAGGGGAAUUUGGGAUUUUGGAAGGGAGAUCUUUUGCGUUGGUUCACCCGAUUGUGAUGAGUGGUCUGUUUUUGUACACGCUGUAUGCUGGGUAUCUUGGGUGGCAAUGGAGGCGGGUACGCACCUUACAGGACGAGAUCAACGAGCUGAAGAAGCAGGUCAGGCCGGUCGCCGUCUCACCGGACGGGAACCCGACGCCGGCAGAGCCUCCUUCACCUGUCGAAGCCAAGAUCGAGCAGCUUACCGAGGAGAGGAAGGCGUUGAUCAAGGGGUCAUAUCGGGACAAGCACUUCAAUGCAGGCUCCAUAUUGCUUGGAUUUGGAGUGUUUGAAUCUGUGUUUGGUGGGAUCAACACUUGGUUCAGAACAGGAAAGCUAUUCCCCGGGCCUCAUUUAUUUGCUGGUGCAGCCAUAACAGUUCUAUGGGCUGCUGCUGCUGCAUUAGUGCCUCCAAUGCAGAAGGGAAAUGAAAGUGCGAGAAAUCUACACAUUGCGUUGAACACUUUGAACAUCUUCAACUGGGUUCACCGAAAACUUAGCUACAAAGGAGGUGGAUUAGAAGAAAAUGCAAACAAGAUAGUCGUUUGUGAAAACAACAUCGACUCGAACAAUGUGUUUGAUCAGCUCUUUAGUGGAGGAAUUCUAACCAUUGGAACAUUCGGAUACAAUCCAUUAAACGAGCCCAAUGAAGAAAACAAUAGCUCAUUCUCAUCAUUUUUCAAAGACGAAGUGGAAAAAGAUGAAGAAAAUACUGAAGAAAACGAGACAGCCUCUGAAAAAGAAGAAGAAGAAGAAGAAGAAAAUAAUGAAGAGGAAGUGAAGAACCCUUUUGUCCUUGCAGCUUUCGAGCACGAUUACAAGGGACUAAUAAUGGAGGGAAUUAUUAAUAAUAAUAAUCACAACAAGGAAAUUAGGUAUUGUGAUUAUGUGAUGAUGGAGAAGAAACAGAGGAUCACAUUAGCCGACCUGUUUUCAGCUGCGGAUUCCCAUGCGAACGACAAAAAGCCGACAAAAAACAACAACAACAACAAUAAUAAUAAUGUAAUAAAGAAAGCGAAAUGUACUAAAAAGCAUGCGGGACACUCGAAGCUGAUCACUCGAGAAGCUCGUCCCAUACGAAAACUGCAGAAAAUGGUUCGGAGGGUGUUGAGAAAGAAAGUUCAUCCCGACAUGAGUUCGCCGAGUUAUAAAGUUCCCGUGAAAAAGUGCGAAAUGUUCGACGAUCAUGCUUCACUACUUCCGACGAACCGAGGUUCGAUUUUUGAGUAA